AGCUGCAAAUGGGAGAGAGACGAUGUGAACUGUAACACAACCCAAGGUUUCCAGUUCGACAGAAAAGUCUCUGAUCAUCUCACUCUAAGGAUACCUCACGCCUCAGAGGCUCAUGAAGGGACUUACAGCUGUCACCCCGGGUGUAAAUAUUUCACAUAUGAAAAAUGCUACUAUACACUACAGGAAGCUAAACUUCAUCCUGUACAAUUCCUAGUGUCAAGGAGAUGGAACCUACAGAACUGACAUGCAUCUUAGUGUUGAUGUCAGAAUGACCAGACAGGACUUCAAAGUUGUCCGCCUUGAUGAUGGAGGUACCAUCGUUGUGAGUUGGCACCUGGCCAGACGACAAGCCUGUGUGCACCACUACACUGGAUAUCACUUUAAUAACACCGUCACGGAUCGUCUCGUCGUCAAGAUUCCCCAAGCCACACCUGAACAAAGGGGAACAUACUCUUGUCACCUGCAAAGCAUUGAUGUCCAGAACUUUGAAUCGUGUGAAUUGGUCAUAAGUACAGACUUGGUUAACGCAGGUGUAAUCGUAGGAGUAAUUAUUGGAGUAGUGGUCCUGAUAGCGCUGGUGAUCGCAAUCAUCAUUCUUCUUCGUAAAUGGAGAAUAUGUUCAAAGAAAGUAGUUUCCGAAGAGGAGUAUGGGAUGCUUCCACGGAAGAACAAAGAGAUCAAAAUGGAAUUAAUAAACUUCUUGUCAACGUCUUGCAAGGAAAUGUACGAGGACAUUAUGACAAGAUUCUAUUUUGUGCCUUCCCUAUAUGUCAAUAGAAAUACAUACAAAGUCGUUGAGUUCGCCGGUAAAAAGGUUUUCAUAACACAGGAAUGCAUUAAACCCGUCUUGAGUCACGACAAGGCAAUGCAGACGAUCUUACACAAUCUUCACCUUUUGGCAGAAGACGAGAAAGAGGCCAUGUUUGUGAUUUCUCAGUUCAAAUAUAACAGUUACCUGACUACUUCAAUAGAUUCCUACCACAGUCACCAGCUGCCCAGGCCUGAUACACUUAGAAAACGUGUUAAAGACUACGGGGACUUUGACCUCCUCAUAGUCCAUCGCCAGUACGGGCUUGUGGUGGCAGUGGUCGAGGCUUGUGUUGAUGAGUCUGGAGACGAAAAGAAGACGACAGAUGACACGAAGUUACAGGAAGAGAUAAGGAAUGGCGCUAAACGACUAAAGAAUGCGGAACACAUGAUUCGGCAUCUUCUGUCUGAUACACAGUGGGACCUGCCUGUGCGCAAAACACUGAUGUUACCGAAUGUUUCACAGCAGACAGUGGAAGAUGUGCUGAACAAACAGAAUAAAGGGAAGACUAAAGGGAAAAUAGCGCUAACCAUGUCUAGUACAGACAUGUCAAAGGAUACCUGCUUGUGCAGUGAACAGCUGACUAGCGCUAACUCCACACGACUCUGAAACAAUGGCUGCACGGUGCAUUUACUAAGGACUUCACUGAUGAGCAGUAUCUAACAGUAAUUUCCAGAUUCUGUAGUCCAGCCUCAAGAUCCCCACUUCCUGUGCCCAACACCAUACCACGUGACAUCCUGCCAGUAACACUGGAACAUGCUGUGUGUCUCACUGGUGACCUCUUCACCUCCACAAUACUUCAUGAAGACCACAUGGCUGUGUUAGGAGAGGCUCCACCUCGUGAACUUCUCUGUGGUCUGCCAGGUACAGGAAAAACUAGAAUGCUCGUGCUGAUAGGCAAACGAUGGCGAUCUGAGGGUCAUCACGUGCACGUGGUCUCCACAUGGGAAAAUAGUCGCGCGGCGUCUCGCCUGCUGUUCGAGAUUCUCAGCAAGGGCGUGAAGACAACAGGGUCAGAGACAGGGCGCGUUACUCUACACGACGUAGAUAUCAAGUCACAGAGUAUAGCAGACGUUGUUGAAGAACUAUUCCGACUGCAAAAGGAGGAAAGUUGUUCAUCCUUUGCGACGAAGUGAAUCCUGAGAGAGAUACUUCGUCAUUGAUUUCUGUGUGUGAGAAACUUGUGGAAAAAGUACCAAAUCUGCAUCUAUGGUACGCGAGUUGUUUUCAUUCAGAUAUGCCAAAAGGAUGGACAGGAAAAGUUUUCACGAAACCGAUCAGCAUUCCACCCGCCAUCUUGCAAGAGAAGGAAGUAUUAAAAGCAGUCACUGACUGCCAAAUCUUUGAGUGGGUAUUCGAUUCUAGAAGUCCACCGCCAACAGACGGGCCGGCAGUCAAGCACGUGCUUCACUGUGGUGUCGGUCAUUCUGCGGGUGACCCUCAUGACUGUGACACCUGCUCUACCCAAGUAGUCACAUAUCUUCAAUCCUUGAUUACAGAUAAAGCCCCUUCCACCUCCACGUCUACACCAGUCGCUGGCAAUGUCCACUCUGUCUUUCGAAAGAAAACUAGACUUCCAGAACUUCGCCUUUGUGAGGGAGACGUGCUGGUGUUGACAGAAGGCCAUUAAAGAAGG